AUGUUCACGCUGGCAUCAUGUCGGCUUCCCGCUGCAGUCGGUUCUUGUCAUCUGGAUUAUAAGGUGAAAUGGUUUUAUGACGAAAACAGUGGAAAUUGUCGUAGAUUUUGGUAUGGUGGUUGUGGCGGAAAUGAAAAUCGUUUUUCCACAAGAGUUGAAUGUGUCAAGCAUUGUCUUCAGCGGUGUAAACUGGAUCAAGAUCGAGGAACAUGUGGAAACUUUACCUUGAGAUUCUACUUUGAUUCCAGUUCCAUAACGUGUGAAAAAUUCUGGUACGGAGGCUGCAAAGGAAACGAUAACAGAUUUCUAACACAACAGGAAUGUCUCGAAGCGUGCAAAGUCACGUCCUCUCACACAGCACCAGGUAGGGGCAGAUAA